AUCCCCGGGUCCUCGCUGCGUCUCAUCAGGACCCACGCGCGGCGCAGCAGCACUCCACGCUCCGGGCUGCAGGUGAAGAGCUGCCGGCGCCGCGAGUCUGGACCCAUCAUGACGAGAGCAGCAGAACUUUAGACCCCCACACACCAACGAAGCGCUGUGUGUGACGGAGCUGCGCCCGCGGGAGCCACCGACCGCCGCGCGCACCGGGAGGGCACCGCACUGCGCUCACCCCCACGCGGACCCCAACCAGCCAGCACCAUUGCGCCCAAAAGCCGGCAGCAGGAGCGCCCUGCGCUGCCGCGGCUGGGCGGCAGGAAGCGGCUCCUGGCGGCGGGGGUCCUGGGGGUUGUAAUGGUUCUACUUCUAGUCAUCUUGAUCCCGGUUCUGGUCAGCUCAGCGAGGGCAUCUGCGCACUACGAGAUGCUGGGCACCUGCAGGAUGGUGUGCGAUCCAUACGGAACCAGAUCCCCAAGCAGCACCCCCGCGGGGGGGACAGUCCCAGACAGCAGCCUCGUGCGCCCUUUUCCCACUUUCAUCCAAGGUCCCAAAGGCGAACCGGGCCGUCCGGGUAGAGUGGGGCCAAGGGGAGCCCCGGGGGAGCCAGGGCCACCCGGUCCAGCUGGACCCCCUGGGGAGAGGGGCGAAGCGGGCAGGCCCGGUUCGGCGGGACCUCCGGGUCCCGGCGGGGCUGCCGGCGCCGUCAGCGCGGCCACGUACAGCACGGUGCCCCGGAUCGCCUUUUACGCGGGCCUGAAGAAGCAGCACGAGGGCUACGAGGUGCUGAAGUUUGACGACGUGGUGACCAACCUGGGAAACCACUACGACCCCGCCUCCGGACGGUUCACGUGCUCCAUCCCCGGGAUCUACUUCUUCACCUACCACGUUCUGAUGCGCGGAGGAGACGGAACCAGCAUGUGGGCCGACCUGUGCAAGAACAACCAGGUGCGAGCCAGUGCCAUUGCUCAGGAUGCAGACCAGAACUACGACUAUGCCAGUAACAGUGCUGUGCUACAUUUGGAGCCAGGAGAUGAGGUCUACGUGAAGCUGGAUGGAGGCAAAGCCCAUGGAGGCAACAACAACAAGUACAGCACCUUCUCUGGCUUCAUCAUCUACGCCGAUUAGAUGUUUGGCCCUGUGCUCCGACAGACAAGACUGCAGACAAACUCAUCAUUUCAUAAUAUUAAACCCACAGCAUCAUUUAUCUACUGUGUCACUAGAACUGUACCAAUAAGACAGUGCUGUCAGUAAAAUUGUGGCUCAUCAACAACCAUGUAGUAAUGCAGGUGAAGGACUUCUGCACACAUCCUCUGCUUUUGUCUGUGUCCGAUGUUCAGACAGAAAAAAUCUGAUGCUCUUGAGAAGGUCCAGUAAUUUCUCUCUGUGCUUCUUUAUCCCAUGGAUGUGCUGUACACUUUAAGUGUAAUGUAGAGGGCGAUGGCUGAACCACUGAGCUCCAUAUUAUAUGACUAACAUGCCAAACUCCCCAAUUCCUAUCAAUUCUGGAACAGGUUUGGUUCAUCCAUUGCCUUUUUUCAAACAGCUACUAUUUCUCAUAAAUGUUAUUUCCGGUUUUUGAAUAGAUUACUUAAAUACCAAUCCUACAAGUGUCUAAGCAAACCAAAAGUUCAGAAGUGUAUUCAGAAUUCAGAGUCAGAGAUGGAGGAGCAGAGACCCAGCAGAGUGGAAACACUUUCCUCCACAGAAACCUUUUCUAGACUUUCAGGUUUAUUUCCAAAAUGAAAUCCUUUUGUCGUUUUUGGGGCUUACUCUCACAAUCAUGUGAUUUCUGAAAAUAAUUUAAGCUUACAUACAAUAAUCCAGCCGCAUGAAUUGCAAAGUAAAGAUAAUGAGAUUCUUGACUGUGAUGAGAAUGAAAAGCCCUGAUCACAUGAGUGGGUGGUUUGAGGAGGACCCCAAAGUGCCGUACAUGAGUGGAUGGGAUGCCAUUUGAAGCCCUGCCGGAGGUCAGACCACGGGAGUGGUAGAGGAAAUAGUGAAUUGGGCUGUGACUCAAAACAGAGAGCACAGAACCCAGUAAACGCUGGGCCUCUCUGUACUUGCAAUGCGGUUCUGAUUCAGUAAAAAAGUGUUUGUGAUCAAGAAAAUAAAAAGGAAGUUUCUCAA